AUGUCGGAGAUCAAAUAUUCUGUGACUGAUAUCAAUACUUUGACUCAACGACUGCAAAGUGCUGAAAAAUCGAUUACAUUUAUUCAGCGUGAACAUGCAUCAACAUUGUCUAAUCUUCAUGAAGAAAUUUCUAAAUGGCAACAAAAAUGCAGUGAUCUUACUUUUCAAUUAGCAAUAGGUGGUGGUACUAUAGUUAAUUCUACAGAUGACAGUAAAUUUCGAUUAACAAUUGAGCAGUUAGAAAAUGAAAUUCAUCAAUGUAAACAGACAAUCAAUGAUUUAAACAGAAUUUUGGAAGAAAAAGAAAAAUCUAUUAAUGAUUAUGAAAAUCUCCUGAUUGUAAAUGAACGAAAACAUACGCAAGAAUUACGUUUAGAGAUUGACAAACAACGACAAUUAAAAAUUGAACUUGACCAACGUUCAACAUUAAUUGCACAGCUUACUAAUCAAUUGUAUCGCGAAAAACAACUUCAACAACAACAAGCACAAACUCGUGCUCGUCUGGCGCAAGCUAUUUUGCCAAAUAAACCACCAAAAUUUUCAAGUACUAGCGAAACACAACACAAACUACAUGCACUAUCAACUAAACAUUUAUCGAAUCGUUCAUCAUCACUCGGUAGUCGAGCUAGUCCUGAUCCAGAUCUAACCAAAGCAUUAUUGAUUAAACGACGACCACCUACACCACCGCAACAAUUACGACCUCUUUCAUCGAAAAGCAUUGAAUCGAAUGAUGAACAAUCGUACAGUAAACGACAACGUCAAUUACUCAAUAGUCGUACAGAAAAUAUUGAGUCAAAUAAAAUAGCAUCAUUUCGACCCUCAAUAAAACUAUCAACUGUGCUGCCACCGAUUGUAACUCGAAAAAUGCCGCUGAAAGCAAUGGCUACAACUGCAUUUCAACAAGAAGGUGAAGUUUAA